UUUAAUAAAUWAMUWAAUUUAAUUUAUCAUGGACUUAGAUUAGUGUUUAGCGACUGUUUGCGUCUAAUGUACUCCAUUGAACUUACUAUAUUGUAAUAAAUAAAAUUACGGCCAGAUAGUGAAUUAUUUUAUAAUUAUUUUUUGGCUUUGCAGUGAUACAUAAUAAAAUUUAUAAUGACGACAGUGUUAAAGAAUCAUCACGAACUUUUUGAUUUACUACCCAAUGAAAUUGUUAGUCACGUUUUAAUCUUUAUCGAUUGGGACACGCUUUUCGUUUGCAGGCUUGUGUGCAAGAAAUGGCAACAACUUAUAGAUACAUAUGUAUUUCAAGAAAAAACUGCUAUAGAAAAUAAGUUUGCGAAUGAUGGUCGAGGGUACUACAGUUUCUCACAAAUUGGUUCAAAUUCUGUUAGAAGUCUAGAUUUACCAUGGUAUGUGUUCUAUUUAAUUGGCAAAUAUGAUCCAUUCAAUAAAAAUUUGGUGAAAAACUCUUGUGGACAAGGUAAAGGUCAUUGGGAUGGUCCCGGAGAAGUGAAUUUUAUAAACAAAUUUACUUUAUGGUCUAAUCUGAGUUUGUGGACUGAUUUUAAACUUUCACCAUUAACUACACCAACUGAAUUAAUUGAAGAUCCAGAUUUAAAUGGAUAUAAACUGUAUUUCACAACACCUCUUUAUAAUUUUUAUUCAAUGUAUCAAAAAAUCGUAUUCAAAGAUCAUGGUUUGAACCAAAAUGUAAUGAAAUCACUCCAACCUGAAAUUAUAUUUAGUGCAUGGAUUAAAAAUGGAUGUUAUCGCCACUACAAAUAUAUUUUACAAGUAAUUCUUCAUGAUGAAUUAGAAAAUACUAUAGCUGAACAUAAUGUGCGUUCACCAGAAAUACAACGUCAAUGGGUUAAAACUUCAAGUUCGUUAAAAAUGAUGGGCAAUGAAUCUUCUAUAACUCUACAUCAUAAAAUAGAUGAUAGAAGCAAAUACUUAUGUGAUUACCAAGAUAAUCCUUAUAAUUUAAAAAUAACUUGCUCUGUAGUUAAAAUUUUGUUACCAACAGAAUUUAAACUUAAAUUACCUGAACCUAAGAUGCAUAUAUUUAAUUAG